AUGGCGAAAGAGAAAAAAUCGAAGCACCACAGAGAUCGCUCAAGGGACAGAAGUCGGGACAGACGUCGAUCUUCAUCUUCUGGUUCCAGUUCUUCGGACGACGAUGAUAAACGAAUGGAUAGGCGAUUAUCGGAGGAGAGAAAACGUAAAAAGGAGCAGAAGAAACUGGAAAAGGAGCGAAGGAAGCUGAAGGAGACUCCAGAAGAACGACGACAACGAAGAAUGGAGAAGAAGCGACUGAAAGAGGAAAAACGAAAAAGAAUCAAUGAUGAGGAAACAUUGAUUCCUCCUGAACUCGCUUACACAAAUCUUAAUAAUCCGUUCAACGACACGAAGUUGACGGAAACCUUCAUUUGGGGCAAAAAACUCGAAAGAGAGGGAAAAGCUCAUUUAUCGGUUCGUCAAAUUCAAAAAGAGGCGAGCAAACGAAUUCAGAAGAAUUUGCAUGAAGCUGCCGAAUUCAAAAAGAUACGCGACGCGAAGAUGGCGGCUCGCGAAGACAUGGAUAUGAUGAAGAGAGACGCGAAUAUGAAGAACAUGCCAACUUGGGAUGCGAAGGAACGAGAAUUUCAGCUAGACCAAGUCAAGGAGAGAACUCGAAUAAGAAUUGAGCAAGGCCGAGCAAAAGCUAUCGAUAUUCUCACAAGGUACAUUAGGUACAAUGAUGAGAGGACCGACGACAAAAAAAAGCAGGAAGAGUUCGAGCUUGAGGAUCCAAUUCAAACAAUCAAGAAUCUUUGCAAGUCCAGCGAUGAUCUCGAAGACUUGGAAGAAGAUAUCAAGAUAUACCGUACUCUUGAAUCCAACGAUCGCAACGAGGUUUUCUGGAAUGACAUCAUCACCAUAAUCAGCGAAGAAUUGAAGAAGAAAGAUUGCCAAGAUCGCGGCGCGGUUCACGGAAGUAAACGCUAA